AUGUCUGAGGAAGACGGCCGACGGUUUAGUCUACCGAGCAUCAAAGCACAGCAUGUAGCCUCUAAUGCUGGCAAUGUUGGUAGCCAAGAUAGUUACAAUUCCAACUCGCGCACUCCAAGCACCUAUCCUCCUGCUGGACCAAGACCAAAUCCUCUCACAGGACUUUAUCCUCCUGGUACGGAUCGUGUGGGUUCUUCUAGUUCGGCUACAUCACCGAGCAUGCAAAACAACGUUAUUAGCGUUCAUACACCUAAUAAUAGCUUAUCAUCAUUGCCACUCAGCACCAGUGGUGGCUCGAUGUUCUCCCAAAGUGGUAUGACCGAAAGUCCUAAGCCACUCAGUCCGGCAGCUAUGCAUUCACACCAACUUGGCCACGAUUCCGCCUCGAUCACUAGGCAACGAUCCCCUAGCUUGACUACUCAAUUUCAGCAACAGCAUUUUGGCCGUCACCAAUCCGGGAGAAGUCCGCCACCUGGAAUGUCUUUACCGUCACCGCGCAGCGCACAGGGGCCAAAGCUUCCUGCCCUUACUGGAUUAGCUCCUCCUGACACAAGAUUCACUCUAACAUCUCAAUUAUCCAAUCAACAGAGCCCUGGAAAUGCUCAACAAGGUUCUCAACAGCAACAACCUAUCCAGCAAUCUACAUCCCCUACGUCUUUGUUCCAACCUUCCAAUCCUCUUCAAAGCCGAGGUCCCCCAAGCCAUCAAGGCAGUGGUGAUAGUAGUAACAAUUUGUUCGCAUCUGGCGCCUCAGGAGUUUUCGCAUAUGUUAAUACAUUAGAGGAAAAACUCUUGCUGUUUACUGACAAAGUGCUUGCCAUGGAAGCCAAGGAGAAAAGUCAGGAAGAAAAGAUUAAGGCCCAGGAUGAGAAGGCAACUAAGUUCUCAAAAUCAAAGUCAGCAGUCGGGAACAUCGUAACAACAAUCAUCAUAGGACGCAAGUAUACGCAGCUGUUCUGUACCAAAAUCACUUCUGGUGUACAAAGAUAUCAUGGCGUUGAGGAGCGAAAAAUGGGUCACGAUACUUUGCUUGGUUUAUGA